GGAGGCUCGGGCCGAGCCUGUACUGUUGCUGGCUUCUUAGUUCGUUGAAAAUACAUUUCCAGUGCUUCGAUCGCUUUAUCUUCGGUGGUCUGGUCUGAAACAACGCUUCUCGCUCAUCGUUUCGCUGGUAGAGAGAGAGGGAGUGUGUAGUGGUGUAUAUGCAGAGUGAGAAAGGCAUAUAUACUUGUGGGGAGAGAGAGAGAAAGAGGGAGGCAUUUGGUGCAAGAGCAGCUCAAACAAUUGAGGUCUGAUCGCCAUUAAAGCCGUUCUUUCGGGUUACCAGGAAAAGGAGUAGAAGCGAGGAUAUAUAAUUUCCUGAAGGAAACCAAAUUUCCAAUACAAUUGUCAAUCUGCAGAUUGUAUGCAGAUUGUGGAGAAGGAAAUCGCUACGAAUGUGUGUGAGACCAUCUAAUUAGAACUUCAUACUGUCAACUCUAAUCUCAAUUCUUCCACGAAUCAAGCCAGAAGUUAAUAGCUCUUCAUAUGGACUUUUGCAUUGGCCACAUAGCCUUUCAGACAAGACAUAGUAAAGUAGAGUUUUUUGGAGACCAUACAUGAUGUAGAGCAGAGGGCUUGCAUUGUUUAUGUUGGCUGGGAAACGUUGCAGUUCAUUUCUACUCCGAGCGUAGUUUUCAUAUAGGUUAGAAACUGUAGAAGCUCUAGUGAUUAUUACGUCCUUGUUUGGUGGCAUCUGGAUCUAUCAUCCUGUUAUGCCACAUCCUCAGCCAAAUCAGCAGCCUAGGCUUAAUGACAUGCAGAUGCUACAGCAGCACAUUAUGCUGAAGCAGCUGCAAGAGCUUCAGAGGCACCAACUCCAGGAGUUAGGUGAUCAGAGGCAGCAAAACUAUUUUCACCAGCUAUCUGCAACAAAUAAGCAGGCUUCCAGGGGUCAAUUUUUGCCCCCAAUCAAUGGAACACCUAUUCAUGAUUCAUCACAGACAUUUAGAGUGGGUAACACGGGCCUCAUGCAGCAUGGUGCAUCACCAGCCAUCCAAGAACUUCAAAAUGGAUUUUAUUCUGAAGAACAAAACCAGGAUCUACAUUCAUUGAGUCUGCUGCCCCGACAGCUUGAAGUGUCUCUGUAUGGAACUCCUAUUGCAAGAAAUAAUUUGAGUCAUCUUCAAGGGUUCUCUAAUGAUUCCAUCGAUGUAGUAUCAAAGGCUAGUCAUAAUCAGAUGGAGAGACCUAGGAUGCAGAAAUCAGACUCCAGUAGCUCCUUUUUGGUUGAAAACUGCAAUGCUUCUUCAGACCAGCUUUCCAAGCCAGAUGGAGCUUUCCUAACCAAACAGAUCUUUCAUGGGCAAAACUUGGCUGGUGAAGUUCCUAGUCAAGGUUUCAGUAGUGGAACUCUACCAGAGAACUUCCAGCAGGUGAAUACCCAACUAAGGAAUACACCAGCAUGCAAAUCAAAUGGAAGGCAAGAGCAAGCUGGUUGGCCCCAACACUUUACAGGAGACACAACACAAAAAUUUGAGCGGUCUCAGGGUGUGACUACCCUAGAUCCACUGGAACAGAAAAUUUUAUUCAAUAUGGAUGACAGCAGUUGGACUGCCUCUUUUGGCAGGACUGCUGACAUGGGCUCAGGGGGUUUGCAGAAUACAUUGGAACAUGCACAUUACUUAGGAUCAUUUCCCUCCAUUCAGAGUGGGAGCUGGAGUGCUCUAAUGCAGUCUGCUGUUGCAGAAUCGUCUAGCACUGAUACUGGGUUACAAGAAGAGUGGAGCGGCCUGAGUUUCCAGAACACAGAAGUGUCAACUGAUAACCAGCCCUCAAGUCUUGUGCACAGUGGAAAGCAACAGACUAGUUCGGUUGAUAACAAUGUGAAGAGUGCAUCCUCUCUGAGUGGUAAACCUCAACAUCUAUUCAGUGAUACGAAUAUGAUCUCUGGCUUCCCUGGGUUUGAGCAAUCAGGUGCCCAGUUCUCCAUCAAACAGAAAGAGGGGAUGCUUUCUGAUUCCUCUCACGAAUCUGUGCAGCAGUCUCAACCAAAUCAACCUUUUGGCAGAGACCAACUGAUACAUACAAUUCAACCUCUGGGAAAUGAAUGGCCUAGCCAAAACUUAGAGCAUUCGCAGAGCAGUGGACAGGAACAGAGUGUAUCCCCGUUUAAAAACUGUCACCAACCCUUCAAUAAACUAAUGGGAAGCAAAAUAGACACUAGACAUGCCGUUCUAAAUGUUUGUGACAAUGAGAAUGCUGUAAACAAAUCCUGCAUGGUUGAAAUGCGUGGAGGUGUGUAUGAGGAAAAGGGUCCUGAUGGUUGCAUGUGGAUUACUGAUAAGAGUAAUCUUGCAAGUUCCAUCACAAAUUCAGUGGGUGGAUUGGAGCAGGCAAAAUCUGGUGCAUCCAUCACAAUGGUUGAAAAGGACCUUCAAUUGAAAAACUUUGCUGCCUUUUCUAAUUCAGUUACAACCAAGGUUGACCAAGCAACCAGUCAACAUGCUCCACGGCAUCAUCAGUUCAAUUACUUAAAACAUGUAGCAAAUUCUGUGAAAAAUAAGGGAAAUGAGAUCGUGGGAGAUGGCAAGCAUCACCCAAGUCGUACUCAAGUUUUAGCUACCUCUUAUGAAACAGCAAGUGAAACAUACGAGGAACAACAGAACUUCUACCAAAGGGAGAAAUCUAGUGAUGUAUAUCACCCCAAUGGAUCCCAGCUUAUAGUCAAAGAAGAUGAAGUCAGGGAGAACAUGUGGACACAUGAAAGUGAUUCUCAGCAUGCAGCAAGGGCUAAUCAAAAUUCAUCUGGCCAGGGCUCCCAAGGAUUGACCAGUCAUGAGCAAGGAUAUUUUGGACAGUUCAACUUUGUUGGUGAUGUUUCUAAAAAUGCUGUAAACUUGGGAAAGGAGCAUUUACCUGAUACCCAAAGGAACCUAGAAGCAGCAGAUCGUGAAUCUUGUAGGGAAAAUAGAGGAGCUAAUGUAUCUGCCCCCUUUCAUGAAUCUGUCGGUAUUCACAGUUCAAAUCUAACUUGUCAGACAAGACAAAAUAUGCUUGAGCUUCUUCACAAAGUUGAUCACUCUGGGGAACAAAGAGCAGCUGCACGGUUAAGUUCUACUGAUUCUAGCCCAUUAUUGGAUGUGCCAGAAGCAGAAACUUCUGAGGCAUCCAUGGUGAAAUCAUAUGAUCACUCUUCUGUUUCACCACACUUUGGCUUAAGGUUGGCCCCUCCAACUCAGCGUUUGUCCAAUUCAAACAGUUUUCUCUUGCUGCAGAGCUCUCCACAAUCGGCAAACUCUACUUCAUCAUCCCCGGGAGGUCCUCUGUAUCUAAGAAAUCAGUUUCAAAGGCCAUUCCUGCUUUCUGCACCUGUUGCAAUUCAGUCUCCACAAGCAACAUUGAUGGGUAUGCCAAGCAGAACUCCACAAUUUAAUCAUGCUACACCUCAUGGUUCAUCUCAACAGAUCUGCAUAAACUCUUUUGGUCAACAACUCCCAAUCUUGGAUGCUGUGCCGGUCAGUCAGCCCUCAUUAGCAUCGAGCUUCUCUCACCAACUUGGGUCUUCAACAAGGUUACCUAGUGUAAGGACGAAUUUACCAACUCAACUGCACCUAUCUGGCACAGAGCAUGAUAAGAACUCCAAGAAAGGAAUGGUUUCUCUGGAAUUGGGUGCAGGCUCCUUAAAUCCACAAGUCUUUGACAGUGGUGAUGAGCACCUUGGGAAGAAAAGUUCACAGCAGCAAAUUCCUUCUGAAAUGGUUAACCAAACAUUACGCAGUGGAGGAUUAUUUCAUGAGCAAGAGCCUUUGCUACAGCAUGUCUCUGAAGUCAGUGCUACUGGCUCGGGUUCCUUAAUGGUUCAUUCCGAAAAGCAGAAUGAUACUGCAUGGCAUCCUGACAAACAAAUGCCAACUGUUUCUGCAAGAGAUAUUGAAGCCUUUGGCCGCUCUCUAAAACCAUCUAAUCUCCAUCCUAGUUAUUCUCUAUUUCAUCAAAUGCGCCAUCCAAACAAUGUGGCCACUGAUCCAAGUAGAAGAAUUUCAGACAAUAAUCGUGGAAUGGGUUCCAAUCCAAAUGUUCAGCAGGCAACUUCUGUUGCAGGCCAUCAAAUGAUGUAUGCAAAUAAUUCAACUUCCAAAGAUGUGGCAUCACGGUUCAAUUCAUUCCCAACUAGCGAUGAUAAAAUGCUGAGCUUCUCAUCAGAGGUGGGAGAUGUUCAGCUCGUCAAAGAUUCGCCCCUACCUCAUCUCCGAGAUACUCCAGAAGAGAUUAUCACUCAAGGACAAAGUUAUUCUCACAGUGAUUCUGGUUGUAAUGAUGUGGCAUUGAACAGCUCAGAACAUUCCCAGAUUAGCAUGCAAAUGGCACCUUCCUGGUUUAAGCAUUACAGUACCUUGAAAAUGGGGCACAUGUUGCCAAUGUAUGACACGAGGUCUGGAAAUAAUUCUUCCCAGCAAUUUCCUCUUCAGAAACCGUUUGAGAAUUUGCAUAUGAAUAGUUCUGUGGUCCAAGUAAAUGUUUCUGGUGCUGGGCACGUUACCAGUGUUUGGCCAAUUACAGCUACCACCUUGGCAGCGGGUAAACUAUCACCCCCUUGUGUGUUGCCUCCAGAUGUCAUUGGUCAUAAUUUGUCUGUUACAAGAUCAAAGAAACGUAAAAUUGCAAUGCCUGAGCUUCUACCAUGGCACAAGGAAGUGACACAAGGUUCUAAGAGGCUUCAAACCAUCAGCAUGGCAGAAGUAGGAUGGGCACAAGCUGCAAAUCGGAUUGUUGAGAAGUUAGAAGAAGAGAAUGACAUGGUUGAAGAAAUGCAAUCAUGCCUUAAAUCAAAGAAACGGCUUGUUCAUACCACACAGCUCAUGCAGCAGCUUUUCAGCCCCAUGGAGGAAGCCAUGCUUUCUGCAGAUGCUGUUUCAAACUAUGAGAGCAUGGCUUACGCUUCUGCUAAGCUGGCAUUGGGUGAUGCAUGCAAUUUGAUUUCUCAGUCAAGAAGCAAUUCUUGCCUCUCUUCAAAAUGCUAUGACAUGAUGGCCAAGGACCCUGAAACUUCUGAAAGAUUUGAUGAGCAGCAUCUCUCAAAACUUGUGGAAGACUUGACUGCCCAAACAAAGAGGCUGGAAGAUGACUUCGUCAGAUUGGAUAAGGCAGCAUCAAUUGUAGACAUAAGGGUGGAGUGCCUGGAAUUGGAGAAAUUCUCUAUCAUCAAUCGCUUUGCAAGGUUCCACACCCGGGGACAACCGCGCGCAGCAGAGACCUCAACAUCGUCAGGCACAACUCAGGCUGUAAUGAAGCCAUAUCCGCAAAAAUAUGUCACUGCUUUCCCGAUGCCUAGGGCAGUGCCUGAGGGGGCAAAAUGUCUUUCACUGUGAUAACUCAAGGGCUUACCAUUUUGCAUGUCCCUCAAAAUCCAUGUUCUGCGUUCUGUAGCUCACUUGUUGCUGCCUGAAGAAAACCAACAAAAAGUGCACAAGAAAAAUAAAGGAAUAUAUGGAAGCUCAAGUGCUGGUGAUUCAGGUCAUCUGAUCUUGAAUCUAUCUAGGCCUACUUGGCUCAUUUUUGAGAGUACAUCUAGAUCCUUGUACAUGCUCAUGGGGUUUUGAGGAGAGAACCUGGGAGAAACCCAAUCAUCUUUUUAAAAGAGCAAGUAUGUAUGCACCUUCUAGUCCUUUUCUAGGAUUAUUACAUUAAUCAACUAAAGCUAUCUGUAUGUAUGUACAUCUCGUAGCUGUGGCUUGCAGGCAUUCUUCUUUA